AUGAGUGCAUUCAACUUCGACUUAUCCUUCGUCGAUGUCUCUUCCAAGGGGGAUAUAUACAACUACAAAUCGAUAAAAUAUGACAUCAAGCCCGAUGUUUGCGUAUACCCGUCGAACAUCAAGACCCCUGACAGGUGUGAUGUGACGCAAGCUGAGAUGAUGGUAGAGUUCAAAUGGAACAGGGGCGAUGACCCAUUCUCUACAUCGUCCAGUGCUUCCUCGUUUAUUAUGUCUUCUCAACAAGCAAGAGACACGAUGGGCCAAAUCACCGCAUACGCCUCUGCUCAGCUAGGUGCUCAGUGGCGCACUCACGCUUACCAGAUCCUCAUCAUCAAGAACUAUGCUCGCCUGAUAAGGUGGGAUCACGAGGGAUUCAUUGUCACUGAGCCUAUCUUCUAUCGAGAGUCUCCUGCCCUUAUCGAUUUCUUCCGACGCUACAACGUUGCACCUCAUGCAAUGCGCGGCCAUGACGAAACUGUUUCCCGUGUUACAUCACGUUACCUGCGUCUCAUAACCACUGUCAGGCAGAAGCUUGGUUUACCAUCGAAUGCCCGAAUCUUUCAGAUCACAAUGAAAGAUGCAGACGGCUCAGACUUAACGUACUUAGUCCCUGCUCCGGUUGCAACAGGACUCUCCCCCAUAGGGCGCAAUACACGUGGAUUCUCUGCAUACGAUACCAAGGGAGAUCAUCGUGUCCUUUUGCCAGACAUCAUUCCAGAAGGGGAUGUAUACAAGCGUCUGAAUGAGAAGCACGUUCGACACGUUGCAACGUGCCUAGCCUCUGGUGAUGUUUUGGGUGGCUCGAACGCACAUACCACCCAAACUGGUCGCUUUAAGGAUGCGCCAUGGGCCCAUCCUACAGGAGCUAUCCUUAUAGCUUAUGUUCACUAUCGCCUCGUUCUUAAUAUUGUUGCUACCCCAAUCACAUCCUUCGUCAGUUCUCGCCAAGUCGUUGAAGUAGUGCGAGAUGCUUUAAUAGCUCAUCAGGAUGCAUAUGAGAAUUGCGACAUCUUACAUCGUGACCUCAGUGUAGGUAAUAUCAUGGUGCAUGAGAACGAAGGUAUUCUCAUAGACUGGGAUCUCGCUAAAUCGACUCGGGACUCGGGGCCAAGACAAAUUACUAGAACUGGGACAUGGCAGUUCAUGUCUGCUCGCCUUGUUGCCAACAUGAACACACCUCACGACUUCCAGGACGACAUGGAGUCAACGCUAUACGUGAUCUUAUGGAUCAUGUUCAUCUUCACGGUAUCUUGUAUCAGUGAUGCUGAGCGAUCACACUUCUUGCACACAACCCUGGACCCUGAGCAAGUUCAGGGUUUGGGGGGUUCCGGGAAGGCAAACUUCCUGCAAUCGAAGUCUUCUAUUACAUCAACAACCCCUCUUUUCAAGGGUCGCCCGGCUCUUGACGCCCUCGUGCAGCAAUUGCAAAAGACGUUCUCAGCAAGAUACAUCCCCUCAAUGAAAGAAGCAGAGGAAAACGUCAGACUUGCAAAGCUUCAUCUGCAUGACCCGAUAGUCGAGAUGGCAUUGCAGGACAACUUGGUUGCGAUAAAGCUAGAUGGCCUUGAGGCCAUGAAAUCGCACGAGGGCGUUAUUAAUAUCUUCAAUACUCACCUUGAUUGGGAGGAAGGGUGGCUUGAUGCUGAUUCUCCUGAUCCGCAGCGCAUCCUUGUGGAGGACCACAAGGAACUCAAGGAAUUUUACAUGUCGAAGACUAAUUGGUGGCUUUGGUCUGACUUACGUCCUGUCAGCAAGAGGAAGCGGAAUGACGAUGAUUCCGAAGAUGAAUGA